CAUCAUAAUGUGUUUUUUUGUCAUCACCGGUUGGAAAGACAUGUCUGAAACCAGAGUGAAUUAAAUAAGUCACCACCAAUCCUUUGGGAUCAACGAUUCAGGAUUGCUUAUCGGUUUAUUUCUCACGUGUUCGCAGCCUGCCAACGCGGUGACGGUCCAGCCAUGGCACAGCAGGACGCGCCUGCCAAUAAGGCUGCUGCCCCGAACCUUGCUGCGCUGCACUCCAACUUCAUCAUCGGCUCUGUGUCGGAGGAGAACUCUGAGGAUGAGAUCCUGGGAAAGCCAGACCUGACGCUGGGCCUGGAGGAGAAGGAGCACUCCAUAUCCCCCACUUCUAGCCUCAGCUCAGAGAACAGCACCUACGAGAUGGGCUUCGACCACAUCGACGGCCCCCACAUGAGUAAUUUCAGUUGUUCACACAGACCGAGCAUGUCUGGGCUGCACCUGGUCAAGCAGGGCCGAGACCGGCGUCGCAUCGACCUGCAGAGAGAUUUCACCGUGGCCUCCCCUGCCGAGUUUGUUACCCGCUUUGGUGGGAAUAAGGUCAUCGAGAAGGUCCUCAUUGCCAACAACGGCAUCGCAGCGGUCAAAUGCAUGCGCUCCAUCCGCCGCUGGGCUUACGAGAUGUUUCGCAACGAGCGCGCCAUCCGCUUUGUCGUCAUGGUAACCCCUGAGGACCUGAAGGCCAACGCAGAGUACAUAAAGAUGGCCGACCACUAUGUGCCUGUGCCAGGAGGGACCAAUAACAACAACUAUGCCAAUGUGGAGCUCAUUCUGGACAUUGCCAAGCGUAUACCUGUGCAGGCUGUAUGGGCUGGGUGGGGUCACGCCUCAGAGAAUCCCAAACUGCCAGAGCUGCUCAUGAAGAAUGGCAUUGCCUUCAUGGGUCCUCCUAGCCAGGCCAUGUGGGCACUAGGGGACAAGAUCGCUUCAUCCAUCGUGGCUCAGACAGCUGGCAUCCCAACCCUGCCCUGGAGUGGAGCAGGGCUAACAGUAGAGUGGUCAGAGAGCGACCAGAAGAAGAGGAUCAUCAACGUUCCCCCAGAUCUGUAUGAGCUGGGCUGCAUCCAUGAUGUGGAGGCAGGACUGAAAGCUGCGGAGGUGGUGGGCUACCCCGUGAUGGUGAAGGCCUCCGAGGGAGGUGGAGGAAAGGGCAUCCGCAAAGUCAACUGUGCUGAUGACUUCCCCAACCUCUUCAGACAGGUCCAGACAGAGGUUCCGGGCUCACCCAUCUUCGUGAUGCAGCUGGCCAAACACGCUCGUCACCUGGAGGUCCAGCUCCUGGCCGACCAGUACGGCAAUGCCAUCUCCCUGUUCGGCAGGGACUGCUCUGUACAGCGGCGACACCAGAAGAUCAUAGAGGAGGCGCCCGCCACCAUCUCCACCUCAGACGUGUUUGAGGACAUGGAGAGGUGUGCGGUGAAGCUGGCUAAGAUGGUGGGCUAUGUCAGUGCUGGCACAGUGGAGUAUCUCUACAGCCAAGAUGGCAGCUUCUACUUCCUAGAACUCAACCCUCGUCUGCAGGUGGAGCACCCCUGUACUGAGAUGGUGGCCGACGUCAACCUGCCUGCUGCACAGCUGCAGAUUUCCAUGGGGAUUCCCCUUCACCGUAUCAAGGACAUCAGAUUGAUGUAUGGUGUCCAGCCCUGGGGAGACUCUAUGAUUGACUUUGAGGGUCUGUCCACGGCCCCCUCCCCACGGGGACAUGUCAUCGCUGCACGCAUCACCAGUGAGAACCCUGAUGAAGGUUUCAAGCCGAGCUCGGGCACAGUGCAGGAGCUGAACUUCCGCAGUAACAAGAAUGUGUGGGGAUACUUCAGUGUGGCCGCGGCCGGAGGCCUGCAUGAGUUUGCAGACUCCCAGUUUGGCCACUGCUUCUCCUGGGGAGAGAACCGAGAGGAGGCCAUCUCUAACAUGGUGGUGGCCCUGAAGGAGCUGUCGAUCAGAGGAGACUUCAGGACCACAGUGGAGUACCUCAUCAAGCUGCUGGAGACUGAGAGCUUCCAGCACAACACCAUCGACACAGGCUGGCUGGACAGGCUCAUCUCCGAGAAGAUGCAGGCGGAGCGUCCUGACACCAUGCUGGGCAUAGUGAGCGGGGCACUCCACGUGGCUGAUGUCAACCUGAGGAACAGUGUCUCCAACUUCCUGCACUCUCUAGAAAGAGGCCAGGUGCUGCCCGCGCACACUCUUCUCAACACAGUUGAGGUGGAAUUGAUCUAUGAGGGUACUAAGUAUUGUCUGAAGGUGACGCGUCAGUCCCCCAACUCUUACGUGGUCAUCAUGAACAGCACCUCUGCCGAGGUGGACGUCCAUCGCCUCAGCGACGGGGGCCUGUUGCUCUCCUACGACGGCAGCAGCUACACCACCUACAUGAAGGAGGAGGUGGACCGGUACCGCAUCACCAUUGGGAACAAGACGUGUGUGUUUGAGAAGGAGAACGACCCGUCGCUGCUUCGCUCGCUCUCAGCAGGGAAACUCAUCCAGUACACCGUGGAGGACGGGGGGCACGUGUUCUCUGGCCAGUGUUACGCUGAGAUAGAGGUGAUGAAGAUGGUGAUGACUCUGACGGCGCUGGAGUCUGGCUGUAUCCACUAUGUGAAGAGGCCCGGUGCUGUGCUGGAGCCUGGCUGUGUCAUCGCCAAGCUGCAGUUAGAUGAUCCUAGCAGAGUCCAACAGGCGGAGUUGUACCACGGGGCGCUACCCGUCAUCCAGGCGGUGGCAUUGAGAGGAGAGAAGCUCCACAGGGUCUUCCACAGCACCCUGGACCACCUUGUGCACGUCAUGAAUGGCUUCUGCCUGCCUGAACUCUUUUUCAGUGGGAAGCUAAAAGAAUGGGUGGAGACGCUGAUGAAGACUCUCCGGGACCCCUCUCUGCCUCUGUUGGAGCUGCAGGACAUUAUGACCAGUGUGUCAGGCCGGAUCCCCCUCGCUGUGGAGAAAUGCAUCAAGAAGGAGAUGGCCCAGUACGCCAGCAACAUUACCUCAGUGCUCUGCCAGUUCCCCAGCCAGCAGAUUGCCAACAUCCUGGACAGUCAUGCUGCCACUCUGAACAGGAAGUCAGAAAGAGAGGUGUUCUUCAUGAACACUCAGAGCAUCGUACAGCUGGUGCAGAGGUACCGCAGUGGCAUCCGUGGUCACAUGAAGGCCGUGGUGAUGGACUUGCUUAGGCAGUACCUCAAAGUAGAGGUCCAGUUCCAGAAUGGACACUACGACAAGUGUGUGUUCACACUGCGUGAGGAGAACAAGAGCGACAUGGCCAACGUGUUAAACUACAUCUUCUCACACGCCCAGGUCACCAAGAAGAACCUCCUGGUCACGAUGCUCAUUGACCAGCUGUGUGGUCGUGACCCCACCCUGACUGACGAGCUGAUGGCCAUUCUGACAGAGCUCACCCAGCUCAGCAAGACCACCAACGCCAAGGUGGCACUGCGUGCCCGCCAGGUGCUGAUCGCCUCCCACCUCCCCUCCUACGAGCUCCGCCACAACCAGGUGGAGUCCAUCUUCCUCUCUGCCAUCGACAUGUACGGGCACCAGUUCUGCAUCGAGAACCUGCAGAAACUGAUCCUGUCCGAGACGUCCAUCUUUGAUGUGCUGCCUAACUUCUUCUACCACAGUAACCAGGUGGUCAGGAUGGCUGCCCUAGAGGUGUACGUACGUAGAGCCUACAUCGCCUACGAGCUCAACAGCGUCCAACACAGACAGCUAAAGGACAACACCUGCAUCGUAGAAUUCCAGUUCAUGCUGCCUACCUCCCACCCCAACAGAGGUAACAUCCCAACUCUAAACAGGAGACUGUCUUCCCAGCCCCUGCCCCGUCUUCGGACUCGGGACAUUAAGCCUGUGUCUGUGGACAGUAACAAACAGGACCCUAAAGCACAGGAUGAUAAAACAAAGGAUGAUGCUAAAACGGAGGAGAAUAAACCUCCAGAUACGGAUGACUCUGUGGACAGGAUGUCGUUCUCAUCCAACCUGAACCACUACGGCAUGAUCCACGUGGGCAGCGUGAGUGACGUCCUCCUGGACACCUCUUUCACCCCACCCUGCCAGCGCAUGGGAGCCAUGGUCUCCUUCCGCUCCUUCCAGGAGUUCACCAGGAACAUUAAAGAUGUGAUGAGCUGCUUCUGUGACUCUCCUCCUCCCAGCCCCACCUUCCCAGAGGGUGUGAACCCUGUGCUCUAUGGAGAGGAGGAAACCAAGAGUAUCCAAGACGAGCCCAUUCACAUCCUCAACGUGGCCAUCAAGACUGACAGUGACAUCGAUGACGACGGCCUGGCCGCCAUGUUCCGGGAGUUCACCCAGACAAAGAAAUCCCUGCUGUUUGAACAUGGCAUCCGCAGGCUGACCUUCCUGGUAGCUCAGAAGGAUUUCAGGAAGGCAGUCAACUGUGAGGUGGACCAGAGGUUUCAUAGAGAGUUCCCCAAGUUCUUCACCUUCCGGUCCAGAGACAAGUUUGAGGAGGACAGGAUCUACCGUCACUUGGAGCCAGCGCUGGCCUUCCAGCUGGAGCUCAACCGCAUGCGUAACUUUGCCCUGACCGCCAUCCCCUGUGCCAACCACAAGAUGCACCUAUACCUGGGCGCUGCCCGCGUGGAGGUGGGAACAGAGGUCACCGACUACCGCUUCUUUGUCCGGGCAAUCAUCCGUCACUCAGACCUGGUCACCAAGGAGGCGUCUUUUGAGUACCUCCACAACGAGGCAGAGCGUCUGCUGCUGGAGGCCAUGGACGAGCUGGAGGUGGCCUUCAACAACACCACCGUACGCACCGACUGCAACCACAUCUUCCUCAACUUUGUCCCCACCGUCAUCAUGGACCCCUCCAAGAUUGAGGAGUCUGUGCGUUCCAUGGUGAUGCGUUACGGCAGUAGGCUGUGGAAGCUCCGGGUGCUCCAGGCUGAGCUGAAGAUCAACAUCCGGCUGACGCCCACGGGCAAACAGAUCCCCAUCCGCCUGUUCCUCACCAACGAGUCAGGCUACUACCUGGACAUCAGCCUGUACAAGGAGGUCACCGACUCCCGUACGGGACAGUUGGGGCCUAAAGACCGACAGAUAGAACUCCAUCCACAGCUCCGGUCAGCGUUGUCACCGCUUCCUGUUUCUUGGAAUAGGCUCCAUGGCGGAUAUCUGUCUUCGAUCAUGUUCCAGGCGUAUGGGGACAAGCAGGGACCUCUGCAUGGCAUGCUCAUCAACACCCCCUAUGUGACCAAGGACCUGCUGCAAUCCAAGCGCUUUCAGGCGCAGUCCCUGGGCACUACUUACGUCUACGACUUCCCUGAGAUGGUCAGACAGGCUCUAAAGAAGCUGUGGCAGUCCACUCAAACCUUCGCCCACCUGCCCAAAUGCCCUCUGCCCUCUGAGCUGCUCACCUUCACAGAGCUGGUCCUGGACCCACAGGGACAGCUGGUGCAGAUGAACCGUCUACCAGGAGGGAACGAGAUUGGCAUGGUGGCCUGGCGGAUGACGCUCAGGACCCCAGAGUACCCGGCAGGGCGUGAGAUCAUUGUGAUCAGUAAUGACAUCACACAUAAGAUUGGUUCGUUUGGGCCGCAGGAGGACCUGCUGUUCCUGCAGGCCUCAGAGAUGUCCAGGGAGAGUGGCAUCCCUCGUAUCUACAUCUCUGCCAACAGUGGUGCCCGCAUCGGCCUGGCAGAGGAGAUCAGACAUAUGUUCCAUGUGGCCUGGCAGGACAUGGCAGACCCCUACAAGGGCUUCAAGUACUUGUACUUGACCCCUCAGGACUACAAGAAAGUGUCUGCCCUGAAUUCUGUUUACUGUGAACACAUAGAGGACAAGGGAGAGUCCAGGUACAAGAUCACUGACAUCAUCGGGAAAGAUGACGGUCUGGGGGUGGAGAACCUGAAGGGCUCCGGGAUGAUCGCAGGAGAGUCCUCUCUGGCCUACGACGAGGUCAUCACCAUGAACCUGGUGACGUGUAGAGCCAUAGGCAUCGGAGCCUACCUGGUCAGGCUGGGUCAGAGAACCAUUCAGGUGGAGAACUCCCACAUCAUUCUCACUGGUGCUGGAGCUCUCAACAAGGUGCUGGGUAGAGAGGUGUACACCUCCAACAACCAGCUGGGUGGGAUUCAGAUCAUGCACAACAACGGUGUGACCCACAGCACUGUGUGUGAUGACUUUGAGGGAGUCCACAUGCUGCUGCACUGGCUCUCCUACAUGCCCAAGGACCGAUCUAGUCCUGUGCCCAUCAUCAAUGCCAAGGACCCCAUAGACCGGCUGGUGGAGUUUAUUCCCACCAAGGCCCCCUAUGACCCCCGCUGGAUGCUGGCAGGACGCCCCAGCCAGACUCCAAAGGGCCCGUGGCAGAGUGGGUUCUUUGACCAUGGCUCGUUCUCAGAGAUCAUGCAGCCGUGGGCUCAAAGUGUGGUGGUGGGCAGAGCCAGGCUUGGUGGCAUACCUACUGGAGUGGUUGCUGUGGAAACCAGAUCAGUGGAGCUGGCAAUCCCAGCCGAUCCAGCAAACCUGGACUCUGAAGCCAAGAUCAUCCAGCAGGCAGGCCAGGUGUGGUUCCCUGACUCUGCGUUUAAGACGGCACAGGCCAUCAAGGACCUGAACCGCGAGGGCCUCCCUCUCAUGGUGUUCGCCAACUGGAGGGGCUUCUCUGGAGGCAUGAAAGACAUGUAUGACCAGGUGCUGAAGUUUGGAGCCUACAUCGUGGAUGGGCUGAGAGAGUACCGCCAGCCUGUUCUGGUAUACAUCCCUCCCCAGGCAGAGUUGAGAGGGGGGUCCUGGGUGGUCAUAGACCCCACCAUCAACCCCCGCCACAUGGAGAUGUACGCUGACAAAGACAGUCGUGGUGGAGUGUUGGAGCCAGAGGGGACGGUAGAGAUCAAGUUCAGGAAGAAGGACCUGGUGAAGACCAUGAGGAGGGUGGACCCGGUCUACAUGGGCCUGGCAGAGAGACUGGGUACCCCGGAGCUGGGCCUGCCAGAGAGGAAGGAGCUGGAGACCAAACUGAAGGAGCGGGAGGAGUUCCUGUUACCCAUCUACCACCAGGUGGCCGUGCAGUUCGCCGACCUCCACGACACCCCGGGACGCAUGCAGGAGAAGGGCGUCAUCACGGAUAUCCUGGAGUGGCGGACAUCACGUCACUUCUUCUACUGGCGUCUGAGGCGUCUGCUGCUGGAGGACACGGUCAAGAGGAAGAUCCAGGUGGCCAACAGCGAGCUGACCAAUGGACAGAUCCAGGCCAUGCUGAGACGCUGGUUCGUAGAGGCUGAGGGGACCGUCAAGGCUUAUCUGUGGGACAGCAAUGAGGAGGUAGUGGAGUGGCUGGAGAAGCAGCUGAAGGAGGAGGAGGGGGCCAGGUCUGUCAUCGACGAGAACAUCAAGUACAUCCGCAGGGACCACAUCCUCAAGCAGAUACGCAGCCUGGUCCAAGCAAACCCUGAGGUUGCCAUGGAUUCCAUUGUGCACAUGACGCAGCACAUCUCCCCUACACAGCGUGCUGAGGUGGUCCGCAUCCUGUCCACCAUGGAUGCCGCCCCGGCCGCCACCUAGAGGGCCUCCUCUCCCCAGCCUGGCCCCACUGUCUCAGGUGCAGUGGAACUGUGCCAGAAACUGGGGCUGGAGGAGCCAGCGUGGCAGCCCACGGAGGCUGUGCUGUUACUGAUGGAAAUGUUGUCAAUGAUCCUGGAGGGAGGGGGGAGAGCUGAGACACAGGGUAAUGGUUUUAUUUAUACGUCUGAUGUCCAGGGUAAUGCAUUUAUACGUCUUACAGAAUGUGUUAGUUGUGAUAUCUAUGUAAGUGCAAAAAUGAUAGACAAAGCCAAGACCAGAAACUAUAUAACUAGCAUGAAUGACGACAAGCUUGGGGACCACACAAUUGGCCAAGGUGGAAGCAGCUCUUCAUUUGCGAUCAUAAUGAGCCUCUGUCCUAUUGGACAGGAAAACAUGCAUUGAGUUUGAGUGUUUUGAUGGCGAUCUUGACAAUAAAAUUGCAGCAGAUUGUUGGGAGGGUUUGAGGGUGGAGGGUUUACACACCUUUGCACGGCGCACUUAAUUACUGAUUAAACCCAGGGUAGGAGGUAGAGCGUGGCAUUGUGAUGGGGAUAGCGUGUCGUUCUGCCCUGGGCCUGGAGAGAAGAGCCCAGCUGGAGGCAAGAAGAGGGCCCUAUUCAGACCCAACCACCCCACACUGGCCCUGGGGUGAGCCAUUGGGCAGGCAGGCACACACUGAUGCGGGUAGAAUAGCAGCUGUCACCACCUCUCUGAAUGCACCUUACUGUUCUAUUACUUACAUUAGGCUUCAGUUCAGCACAGCUUGUUCUAUAGUAUACUAGAAGACUGACACAAAAGCAAACACUAAUGGUAAUUGGUGCCAUAAUGGUUGAGAAUUCCAUUUUUCCCUCCCAUGGGGUAUAUUUUUUAAGAAAAUAUGUAAAACAUUUAGGUGACUAAUUUAUUAAAUGGCAAUCAUGUUAGAGAACACUAGAAUUAUACAUUCAGUAUUACAAAAGGUGUGCUUUUAAAAUGUUCUGUAAAUUUGUUUAUUUUGAAGUUACUUUUUAAUUUGUGACGUACUUUACAUAUUGACUUUCCAAGGAGAAAAUGGGUCGUCACUAGUUAGCAUGGCUAAAACCUUGCCUGUUUUAACCACAUGCCUAACCUUAAAGACCAAAAAGCUACGAUUAUAGCCGUGGUAACUAGUGACACAGAAAAUGAUAGUAUUGUGUAAACUUGGUUAUGCUCAUUGAGGAACAGUGAUAGAUCCUGGAUACUGUAGUUUCUUUAUGGCAAAGUGAUGGUGGCCUAGCUGCUGGAGAGCCUCAAAUUUAACAUAAUAUUUGAUUCAAUGUAAGGUAAAAACAUUUUUUGCCUAGAUGAGAGGAAAUGUAGGAUGACUUCAUGCACAGUGCUAGUCUUAAGUUCUAUUUGUCUAUUGCUGGUAGUCCUGUUACUAAUGAGGUGAUUGGUUGAAUGAGAAAGGUGAAUGUGUUUACUGUAGUGAACUCGAAUUACCUCAGUUCAAAUUUAAUAAAAUAAAGCUUACCUGGUUUGACA